AUGGAGUCACCGUCGUCGAACACACCGCGGGACCCCCGCCGCCGGAAAUACCACAUUCAGGCUGAGUGUUUGUCCUACGAGCUUCCCACCAGCUACUGCACACGGCAGCUUUGCCGCUCCCAUGGCGAUUGCAGUACUAGUUCCAGGUCCGUCCUGAAGAAUGUGAGCUGCGAGGCGCUUCCUGGCGAGCUCACGGCGGUGGUCGGCCCGAGCGGAUCCGGGAAGACAUCGCUGCUCGCCGUGCUUGCUGGCUUGAUACACCCGAGCAGAGUCUCCGGCCAGGUACUCGUCGACGGCCGGCCGAUGGAGGUCUCCCGGUUUUGCAGAGUCUCCGGCUACGUCGCGCAGGAGGACACCCUCUUCCCGCUGCUUACCGUCGAGGAGACGCUGGCGUACAGUGCGCGGCUGAGGCUGAGGGCGACAACCAGAGAGGCGGCGGCGCACGUGCAGGAGCUGAUCAAGGAACUGGGGCUGGACCACGUGGCCGGUUCGAGAGUCAGCGGAGUUUCCGGCGGGGAGCGGCGCAGGGUGUCGAUUGGGGCGCAGCUCGUGCACGACCCGGCGGUGCUGUUCCUCGAUGAGCCGACCACCGGCCUGGAUUCGGCUGCGGCGCUCCACAUCGUGAAGCUGCUUCGGUCCAUGGCGGUGGUGCAGGGGAAGAUGGUCGUCACCACCCUCCAUCAGCCGGGAUUCCGGAUCCUCGAACUCCUCCAUCGGCUUCUGCUCAUCCAUGGCGGCUCCGUUCGACAUCAGGGACCGAUUUCGUUAUUGGAGAGCCGCCUCAAGCAUUCUGGCCAUUGCAUUCCGCCCCAUGUCAAUGCUCUAGAAUUCGCCAUGGACGCCCUCGAUUUCCUAGAUUCCAAACUCACCGUUCCUGAAUCAAACACAGCCGCCAUUAGAAACUCUAAUCCGAGCUCCAAAGAAGACAAUUUUCACUACACCAGUUCCAGAUUGGGGGAGAUUUCCACCCUCUCUAGUCGACUCUUCAUCAAAAUCCUUAACUCGAGCAAAAAAGGAGACAAAUUUCACUACGCCAACUCCAGAUUAGGGGAAAUCUCCAUCCUCGCCGGUCGAUGCUUCACCAACGCUGCGAGAACCCGCGAACUCUUCGCCGCGAAAGCGCUCCAAACCCUAACGGCCGGCCUAGUGCUCGGCACAAUCUUCAUGGACGCGAACGACCCGGAAGCCAAGAUUGGAUUUUUCGCGUUCACCCUCACCUUCCUGCUCUCCUCGACGAAGGAAGGCCUCCCGAUUUUCCUCCGGGAGAGACGGAUCCUCGAGAUCGAGACGCGGCGGGGAGCCUACCGGGUCUCCUCCUACGUCGCCGCGGACGCCCUCGUGUUCUUCCCCUUCCUGCUCGCUGCGGCGGUCCUCUACGCCGCGCCGGCGUACUGGCUGGUGGGCUUGCGAGGGGAAACGAGCAACUUCCUUUACUUCGUGGUGGUGGUGUGGCUGGUGAUGCUGACGGCGAACUCGUUCGUGGCCUGUUUCGGUGCGCUGGUGCCGAGCUACAUCAUGGGAAGCUCGGUGGCAGCGGGGGUCAUGGGCGCGUUCUUCCUCUUCUCCGGCUACUUCAUUAGCAAGGACAGAAUUCCCAAGUACUGGAUAUUCGCGCACUACCUGAGCUUGUUCAAGUACCCCUUCGAGGCGAUGCUGUUGAACGAGUACGGCGGGGAGAAGGGGAGGAAGCAGUGUUUGAGCAGGGGUGUGAUCCAUGGCGGCGACUGCGUAUUUGAUGGGGGGAUGCUGUUGAGGCAGCAGGGCGUAGAGGAUUCGCAGAGGUGGAGCCAUGUCGGGGUGAUGCUUGGUUUUAUAGCCGCCUACAGACUGCUCUGCUACCUCAUCCUGUGCGUGAGAUGUUACAGAAAAGGAGGAGUUUAAUAAUCUUUCUAAAAUUAUAUUCCAAAUGUCAAAACAAAAACUUUUUUUUUCUGUUUAUAAAUGUAUUCCAAAUGUGUUAUAGUGUAGCA